CUAGUUGAACAACUUUACGGUUAUCGUUUUUCCAGCCCCGGGGACUGUAGGGUUAGUGUUAGACUGUAUGCUGCUAUUUCGGAUUGAUUGACAUCUCUCCUCCUUUUGAGUAGCCAACGUUUCUUUCUUUUUACUUUGUGGUUUGGAUACUUUUGUCCGUGUUCAGCACAGUCACACCAGUGCGCAUCAUCAUGGUGAAAGGGGAGUUUUGGGCCGCGGAUGUCUGUGAUCGUUCCUUCGGACUGAAACUCCUGUCCUACCUGGGAUAGGUAGCUUAACCUAACCUGGUUCCCGGUUUGAGGAACUUUACAUUUUCAUCGGACUCUAGAUUUUUCACACGGACAUUCGAUAGAAUGGAGUGGGAGCUGAGACCACGGCUUUGUUUCCUAACGAAAGGGCCGCGCGGCUACGGCUUUCACCUUCACGGCGAGCGGAAUAAAGGCGGACAGUUCAUACGGAAAGUGGAACCCGGUUCGUCCGCGGAGCUUUCGGGGCUGCGCGCGGGGGAUCGGGUCGUGGAAGUGAACGGGGAAAACGUGGAGGAAGAGACGCACCAUCAAGUAGUGUAUCGUAUCAGAGCAGUGGAGCAUCGUACCAGGUUGCUGGUCAUCGACAAAGAGACAGAUGAUUACCUGCGUGGUCACGGGCUGGCCUGCACAGAGGACCUCGCCGUUGAGAUGGGCAAUCUCUCUCCCCGGCCCUCCCCCUUCACCUCCCCCUCAGCCUCCCCUGUAGCCCAGGGGGAAGUCCUCUCACCCUCACCCAUACACAUCCUCACUAAAGCACUCAAACACACCUCUGCCUCACCCAGAAGGAUGGAUACACGAUCGCCGACGUCAAGCCUGAUGAUUGGCACCAAGAAAAGGUUGCCAUCGGAGACAGCGUCGUUAGAUACAGAGUUUCCCAUGGCGACGGUGGAGCUCCUCCCCCGGCUGUGUCACAUGGUGAAGGGGGAGCUGGGAUACGGGUUCAACCUGCACAGUGACAGAACACGGCGAGGACAGUUCAUACGCAGCGUGGACCCCGGGUCCCCCGCCCAACAUGCAGACCUCAGACCCCGGGACAGGCUGGUGGAGGUGAAUGGAGUGAACAUCGAGGCGUUGAGACACUCAGAGGUGGUGUCGUUUAUACGUGGCGGGGGGGACGAGACAUGCCUCCUGGUGGUCGACGCGGAAACAGACGAGCUGUUCAAGAGGCUCGGGGUCACGCCCACCAGCACACAUGUCAAAGAGGUCUAUGUGGACGAGCCAAUGACAGACAGCGCCCCACCCACCCCCUCUUCAACCACUGACCUACCUCCAAUGGAUCCACCAAUCAUCAACGUCACCCUGAUGGGCUCGCCAAUCACAAACGGCUCGCCCAAUUCACAGACCAAUGGGAGCUCAGCAUUCCAGUACUCACGUGGCUCGACUACCCAAUCAGAAUUCAGCAGCUCAGAUAUGAGCAUUCAGGUCCCUGAGGAUUAUGAGCGCCGUGUUUCGGACCCGUUCCUGGACAGUGGACUGCAUCUGAGCCCCACGGCAGCCGAGGCCAAAGAGAGGGCCCAACACGGCAAGAAGAGAGCGCCCCCUAUGGACUGGAGCAAGAAACAGGAGAUCUUCAGCAACUUCUGAGAACCACACUGAACCACACAGAACCUUCACAACAAUGUUCUUAAGUACUUCAAGGUUGGUAAAGGUCUGUCACAAGGACACACCAUAACCAGUGUUGGCCGUGCGCAGUAGAUCAUCAGCCCGGAAACGAUUUCAUCAUGGGAAAUGAAUAGAAAAUGUCGGCCAAUGUUCUGUGGUCAGAGGCGAUAGGACAACCGCCCGCUGCGCACGGCUGACAUUCGUUAUGGUGUGUCAUGUGACAGAGCUUCACCAGCCAAUCAAGAUAAAAGGCUGCGGUGGCUCCUAAACAAUUCUGAGAAAAACACAGAAAGCCUCUGUCCCCAGCAGGAUUUGAACCCUGGUCUCCCACAGGACAAACCAACAUCUUAACUAUUAGACAAAGAGGAAAUUCCCUAUGGUCUGAGGGCCAACACUUAUUGUGAAGUCACAAGCGGGGCUACCGCAUCACGUGACCAUGAGCAACCAUGACCGUCUCAUGUCUGCUACACCUCCACAUGCCCCUACUAUGGAUUAUCACAGUACCUUAGGAUGAGGAUAAGUCAUGUUGAUUCAUUUAGCCAGGAUAAUUGACUCAGUUACACUCGGCACUUGUUUCCAUGGCUCCUAAAUAUUUCUCGGAGCAGUGACUUUCCUGAAAGUUUUUUUUCCUCCUACAGCAACUUGUAAGAAACGUUCACUGGCCCAACCACCACAAACCCCACCUCUUUACCCUCCACAGAAAACAGGCUUGAAUGUUUCCCAAAAGACUGAGAUAUGGGCCCGUAUCCACAAAGUUUCUCAAAGUAGGAGUUCUGAUGUAGGAUCAGUUUGACUUUUUUAUGUCAUAAUGAAUACAAUGAAAUGUAUAGGGAAGGAUCUGAUCCUAGUUUCAUUAGAUCUCACUGACUAAGGUAAGAACGUCAGGACACCACAACAUCCGGGCCGGCCUACAGACGUGACCCCUGUGGCCGAGUCUUCCUCUCACAGAUUGGACUUCACGAGUCUUCCUCUCACAGAUCCAAGACACAAUAAAUCUACGGUCUCACGAGACUGCGAUGCCGACCACUAUUGUCCAGAGUUCCAGACGGAACUCUUUUCAGAUCAUACUAAACCCUUUUUUGGUUCCACAUAGAACCUCUUGUUCCAAAUAGAACUCUCCAAAUAGAACUCUUCAAAGGCUGCUAUUUGGAACCUAAAGGGGUUUCGUCUAACCUGACCUGGUUCUAUCUGGGAGCUUUUCCAGAGGGUUCCAGUGGGUUCUACAAGGACAAAUUGUUCUACAUAGCACUUUUGAGAGUAUGGAAGCGAGCUUCUCAGAUGUAUAGAUUAGGUACAUAGGAACCACAUCACGUCAUAUACACAGACGUCUGAAUGAUGGACAGAAUGAGGGGAGGAAUCAGUCAUCUGACUGUGACAUAAAGAGAGUCUGACGCUGAGAAACACAGACAAACACUCAGAGGAGUGCGAUGGGCGUCACGCGUGUAGAGAGGCUGGCAGGGAGGUUACAAAUACAACUCUGUUACAUAGAGAUAGAGAGAGAGAGACAAAGAGUCCAGAAUCUCAAGAGGAGGAAGAUAGGGAAUUGGGUUGCAUUGCAUUGGGUUGAUUGAACUCUACUGCAUAAAUGUUGCCUAAAAUGCAGAGAGAGACUUGUGUCAAUGUGUAGGCCAACAAAUGCCUGAACGGUUGGCCAUUAUGAUAAAAACACUAUUUAUGUGAUUAUGACAGAGUUAUAUUAUUCUAUGAUAUUUUUAGCAAUUUGUUUACAAACUGUGUUCUAGUAUUUAAAUAUUUGGUUUUUAUUCUGUUACAAUAUUUGGUUAGAAAGUAAGACACACUCAGUUAUCUUUGUCUGUCUCUGCUGUCCAGAACAGAACUCUGAGUUGAAGGAAGAAAUGUGAGGAGCCAGGUUAAGCUCUAGAUUUGUUUAUAUUUGUUUAAUCCUAUUAUUGUUUGUGGUGGUAUCCCACUUUCAUUGUCCUCAAACAUUCAUCUCUUUUUAGAGGAAUAAAUAACUGGAUCCAUUUUAGUUUGAUUGACUAGUUGGAUAUGAAGCUAAGCUAGUUUCAGUGCAGACCGAUGUCCCAGGAUUCAAUCUGAUCAGCGCUAGAUCUGCGUUGUAGCACGCUUGACAUUUAAAGGUAAUUAACAAUUGAGCCGACAUAUGCAGAAUUUGCCGUGAAUGCGGUCUCCUGCGAUCACGGGAACAUUGCCUUUAAAAGGUGAAUAGCUGACAAAGAGUGAUCGGAUUGAAUCCCGGCCUUACUUUUAAUUUGAUCAUCUCUCCAGUUUUAAAUAUGAAUCUAAUGUAACUAAGUUACUUUUAAUUUGAUAAUCUCUCUAGUUGUAAAUUUGUAUCUACUGUAACUAAGUUACUUUUAAUUUGAUCAUCUCUCCAGUUGUAAAUAUGAAUCUACUGUAACUAAGGCUGUUAUAUGAACACAAAGCGGA